AUGAGUCGAAGACCUCAGGGACGUAAAUUCCAAAAUCAAGGUGACGAGUUAAAGAAGAGGUCGGCGACACAGAAUCCAAAGAAAUCGCGGUCGAUACCAAUCACAGUUCCGUCCGAAACUUCCGACAACUUCGUAAAAGUUAGCCCUAAAACCGCGGUGCUCGAUAAAAAGCAGGCAUCUAAAAAGAUUUAUAAAUUCCUGAGGAACAAUACUGCUAAUCACAAAACCAGAAACGUUCUUUCCAAACUAUUGCAACUGCGAAAAAUACAAAAUCAUUUAAUCAAUUUGGAGUCACAGAAUGAUCAAGUGGAGUUAACGUUUGACACCGAACAAGAGACGCCACAAGUAUUACCCACGUCCAAGAGCAAUAAGAAAUUCCUUGAAUACGAGGAUACUGUUAUGAGGACUUUUGAUAAAUUGGACGGAAUUGAUAGCAACGGAUGUGAAAUUGUUAGAGAGAGAAGGAAAGAGGUUGUAACGUUGGCUCAAGGAAUUUUGAACCGGUUGGACAGGGAGAGAGAGAAUCAAUGGAAGGAACUUAAGAGAAAGGUCGGAAAGAGUGACAUGGUUACUGAUGAGAAUAUCACGAUAGGGAACAAUGUGUCCGAUAAUAAUACGACGGUCGAGAAGAGGAUGACAGAAGAUAACAUAAUAAUAGGAGAGGGGAAAGGUGAAGAGGAAAAGAGCGAAACUGUAGUUUCGGAAGAUAUUGAAGUGGAUGAUGUUGAAAACGACAUAAACCAGUCACCUCUGGAAAGCCACGAGGAAACCGAAAUAAUACCAUACGUUAUAUCAGAAGCAGACGAAAUAAAGAAAAUCGUCCAAAAUGAUGAUAUCUCAAGAGGCGAUACAGCCAAGGACAUAGAAAUGGAUGUUAUUCCCACAAGUAUGAAUGGAAGUAUGGAUGUCGAUGAACCCUUUAUGGAAGAAAAUAGCAAUACCGAUUUUUCAUCUUCGUUCGCUGAACACGUAAAUCAGGAAGUUUCCAAUGAGGAAAGAAUUAAUUUUGACGAAGAGAAAUCAAAUAGUGAAGACGAAUUUGUGAUGAUUGAAUCGAACGAUUCUAAUUAG